AGUGAUUUAAUUCACGGUAGAAAAUCGUACGUUUUUUCCGCUACUUGUACUAUUACGAACAAGCAUAGUAAUAAUUGUAACCUAUAUUCUUGAUUACAUUAUUGGCUAGUGUCCGAACUAUCGCACUAGCUGUCGAUCAGGUGAUAGUAAUAUAUUUAGAGUCAGUAACGACCUUUCAAAAUGAUGGCAAAUUGUGUAAAAAAUAUCGGCAGAGAAGCGUCACGACGAAAUGCUACUGGCAAGUUCGCUUCAUGGAACUCGAUCCUCUCUGUCUUCUCCAGUGGACGUAAUAAUUAUGCCACAGAAGCAUCUUGGGAAACGAAACCUUUCAAAUUACAUAAACUUGAUUCAGGACCAUCUACUAAAGUCACUGUUACACGAGAUGAAGCUCUUGAUCUGUACAAAAAAUUACAUACUAUUAGACGAAUGGAAACUGCUGCUGGUAAUUUGUACAAAGAAAAAAUUGUUAGAGGAUUCUGUCACUUGUAUUCUGGUCAGGAAGCUUGUGCAGUUGGUAUGACUGCGGCUCUUCGACCGAUGGAUUCAGUAAUUACAGCUUAUCGAGCUCAUGGUUGGACGUAUUUAAUGGGAAUCAAACCAGCAGGAGUACUCACUGAAUUAACAGGUAGACAAAGUGGUAAUGCGAGAGGAAAAGGUGGUUCUAUGCACAUGUAUGCCAAAAAUUUUUAUGGUGGUAAUGGAAUCGUUGGAGCUCAAGUACCCUUAGGUGCUGGUAUCGCUUUUGCACAUAAAUACAAAGGUGAUGGUGGUGUAUGUUUAGCUCUCUACGGUGAUGGAGCAGCAAACCAGGGUCAAAUCUACGAGGUCUUCAAUAUGACUAAAUUAUGGGAUGUUCCUUGUAUUUAUGUCUGCGAAAAUAAUCAGUAUGGAAUGGGAACAAGUGUAGACAGAGCUGCUGCCAGUACAGAUUAUUAUACUCGUGGUGAUUAUGUACCUGGAAUAUGGGUUGAUGGUAUGGAUGUACUAGCAGUCAGAGAAGCCACAAGAUUUGCCAUAAAACAUUGUACUUCUGGUAAAGGGCCCAUUGUAAUGGAAACAAUGACAUAUCGAUACAGUGGUCACAGUAUGUCUGAUCCUGGAACAAGUUAUCGAACACGAGAAGAAAUUCAGGAAGUCCGACAAACACGUGAUCCUCUUACGAGUUUUAAAGAAAAAAUUCUCAAUGCCAAUCUAGUCACUGCCGAUGAUUUGAAGAAAUUGGAGACAGACAUAAGAAAAGAAAUUGAUGAUGCAGUAAAACUUGCUAAGUCAGACAAAGAAAUUGGUGUUCAUGAACUAAGUGCUGAUGUUUAUUCUGAGUGUUUAGAAAAAGAAAUCCGUAACGUCACUCCAUUUAAUCCUCUCAAACACAGUCGAAUUGGUCCUGCUGUAAAUGUUUAAAAUAAUUCUGGUGCUACUCCUAGUUGAAUUUUUCAAAAUAAAUUAACUAUAAGUAACAAAUUAUUAUUAAUAAAUAAAUUUACAAAAAUACGUCAAGUAUUUUCAUUGUCAUCACGUCAAUUAUUCUGACAGUGAAUUUCAAUGAACUCUUGGUGCACGAUACAUAUUGAUGCUUUUAUGAGAAAAUUCUUGAGUCUCACAAGAAUUGUCAUAAAAUAAAUUAAAAAUAGUUUGUUAUUAAAUAAAAUAAGUAAUAUAAUCAUUAGCUGUUUUAUUUAGUAGACUGGUAAAAUGGAUGAAGAGGUUUAAAGCAAACACUAAUUAAAUUGAAAAAAGAAAAACAAUUCAAUCAUAAUGAAAGUUAUUGUCAACAACUGAUGUAAAUUAUUGUACCUGAAUUCAUCCAUGUAAAUUAUUAAAAAUAUUUCCAUAGAGAA